UAAUAUUAUAUACACGUGUACAAAAAGUAUAUUUUGUUUACAAAGUCGUCUUUAUUAAUACGUGAACUUGAGCGUUUUCCUCCGUCAGAUUCAUCUCGCAGUUUUCCCGCCAGUUUCCACCCAGAUGUCGAAUGCUGUGGACGCGUCGCCCGCUCCCAUGUUACCCCGCGGGAUCUGUCGAAUAAGUUCAAAUUUGGAAUAUGUGGAUGGCAAUUGAAAUGUUUCGUUUUUAAAUUCGGCCAGUGUUUAAAACUUACGAAAAGAAGACUUUAAAAAGUUUUGUUACAUUAGUGUGUGUUUAUUAUAAUAAGUGUUUAGUAAUGGUGAAGUUUUAACAAUUUUAAGAGAUUCAAUGUGCAAUGGGUGACACAAAUCCGAGUAUGCCUGAGGUGACGUAGUACCGUCAUGGAAUGAGAACGGACAUGACGAACUAUACGUACGUGGAUACGUUACAAGACUUACGUUGCCAAUUGUACUCUGGGAGAGGCUGCGGGGACUCCUACUACGGAAUAGAUUGCAGCACCGACGAAUACGUCGCUUACAACUGCGAUCUCAACAUCGACAUACAAAAUGAGACCUCAUAUAGUUGUCGCUCUUGUUUUAACACCACCUUGGACCCUAACAGCAACAACACUCUAUGUAGUUCUGGAUUCAAGCUAAACAUGCUCACCGUUGUGUUCGAAAACGCACUCAGAAGCAUGUGGUUACGUUUACCGACAACCAUUUGUGACUUGGACUUGAUAUGCUUUAACGAUAACUUCAAUCGGACGUUAUUCAUUGAUGGUUUAAACGAAACUGUUGAAAGUAGAGCGAUAGACACCUAUCAAUGUAAUUUGAACUACGGUAACGUGACCGAAGAAGUGCUAACGGGUAAAGGUUACGAUUGGAGUUUCUUAUUUGUGAUAUUAUUCAUAGUGGCAGGUGGUGUAGGCAAUAUACUAGUGUGUCUUGCGGUGUGUUUAGAUAAGAGACUGCAGAAUGUGACGAAUUAUUUUCUAUUGUCCUUGGCAAUAGCUGAUCUCUUGGUCAGUUUGUUCGUGAUGCCCAUGGGGGCAAUACCGGGAUUUUUAGGAUACUGGCCGCUCGGCGUGGUGUGGUGUAACGUGUACGUGACGUGUGACGUGCUCGCGUGCUCCGCCAGCAUCAUGCAUAUGUGCUUCAUCAGCAUUGGGAGGUAUCUCGGCAUCCGCAACCCUUUGAAGAGCCGGCACCACUCCACCAAGAGGCUGGUGGUCAUCAAGAUAGCUUUAGUGUGGCUUCUCAGCAUGGUCGUUUCAAGUUCCAUCACUGUUUUAGGCCUCAUAAACAGAACAAAUAUAAUGCCAACAGAAGAUCUUUGCGUGAUCAACAACCGUCUAUUUUGGAUCUUUGGAUCUCUAGUGGCGUUUUACAUUCCGAUGCUGAUGAUGGUGGUGUCGUUUGCGUUGACUGUACAGCUGCUGAAGAGACAGGCGAGGUUAGCAGCUACGCCUGUUCCUGGUGGAACUCAGAGGAGGCAAUGCGGUGGUUUCGACAACGGCCCUCUACAAGGAGUACGACGUAUUGGAGCUAGGAGUUCUCCAGACCUAUCACCGGGGAGAUCAGUAUCUCGACAGCUGACCUGGAGGAUUACCAGUACAUCUAGGUCGCAGCGUAAUAAGAUCGGAAUGAGCGUGUCCCAUCCGCAACUGAGCUACAUGAACGGUUGUGGAGGCGGAAAUGUGUCAGGGAAUAAGAGGGGGAGGGAUGUUGCUACCCAGACCCCUCCGAGCAUCGCCGCUGAGACUCGAAGAGCGAGGCUCCGGCCUCUGAAACUAACACUGGCGGCUCCUAAUGCUUUAACUCUUAGAUUCCUAGCUAAUCGCAAGAAAGGUCGGUCGCUGUCCGCAAACGCGGUUGCUAACGAGCAGAAGGCCACCAAAGUUUUGGGUUUAGUUUUCUUCACAUUCGUCUUGUGUUGGGCGCCGUUCUUCCUUCUUAACAUUCUGUUCGCGUCGUGUCCCGCCUGCAUUGUUCCAGAGCAUGUGGUCGACAUUUGCUUAUGGUUGGGGUACGUGUCAUCCACCAUCAACCCCAUCAUAUACACGGUGUUCAACAGGACCUUCAGGGCUGCCUUCCUCAGACUGUUGAGGUGUCAUUGUACUAGACGCGGAAGGUGUACGAGGUAUCGGUCCGUGGGGUCGACAAGGGGGGCUUCCCAGCUGUGUGCGAGGUCAGCUCUUCCUCUCGCCAUAUCAUUACGACCUUCGGGCCUGUCCACUCCGUCGCCUGCUGCCCAGGAGACUACGGAGACGGUCCUCAUAGAGGCGCCAUUAGCUGACUACAACAUGAGGUACUAGGUAGAUAAGUGUAGUGCCUGUUACAAUAGUUCGUUAUAUAAAAUGUAUGAUGUAUGUAAUUGUCAUUAUAGGUGCAACGCAGGUGGUCAUGUUUAGAAGGGCAUCCUUUUUCGUAACUCACUAUAAAGGCGUUCACGGUAUACUUCAAUACCACAAAAAUCGAAACAUGUAGAUCAAAGUUCAUAAAUUCGUUUUAAUGGGCACAUUUUUUAUUUCUAUGUAUGCGGUAAACCAGAAAAAAAACAGGAAAAAAUUAGAAUAGAAAGAACGAAAUGAAUGUUAUAACAAAGAUAAAAUAUUAAAAGCACAAUAUCCUACAUAACAUAAACAAUUAUUGCACCAACAAUAGGAACAUAUUAAAUGUAUUGUUAAUUAUUUUAUUUGAAUUUGUUUAGAUUCUAUUGUUACGGUCACCUGCGUUGGACAAUAGUCUUGAUAGUGUGAAUUUUUUUAAUGUUUUAGGUGAAUUGAAAUCAGUUAAAGAAAUAAUAUGAAAUAUGUAGACAAUGGAAAAUUAUCAGAUUCUAUGCGACACCAUUUGAGACGUUAAUUAGUGUGAGUUCUCUUAUUCUUGUAGUUUCUGUAACUUGGCUCGCUUACUCAUUGGAGAUUUGUAAUAUUUUAAACUUCAGUUCAAUUAUGCUACAAAAAAAGAUUAUUUUAAAGAGCGUCUUGCGGAAUAGUUUUGGAAUCAGUAAGAUAUUUUUCUUGUUUGAAGUAGCCACCGCUGCUUAACCGAAUAAAUAUUAUGUAUAAAAAUACUUUAGAUAUGUAUAGGUAUUAAAUUAUUUGACACUAUUAAAAUAUUUUCUAAAGAGUUAAUUGAUAUUACUGUUUUGUAAUAGAUUUUAAUUGGCUAUGAAUGAGAAGGUGUAACCUACUUCUUAGACUUAUCUUUUGUGCGAUAUUUUUUAAAAUGUUGUUUUUUUUUUCGUUAAGGGAGAGUAUACAAUAACAUUGAAGCCAUAUUGCGGCAUAUUUUUUAUUUUUUUUAUCCAAAAUAGUUUUAUCCAGAAGUACUUAGUCCUGUAAAUAAUAAAUGAUAAUUUCUGUUGCUUAUAUAGUGUGUAUAGGGGUAAUACCGUUUUUUUAAGAAUGCUGCUAAACUCGACAAUAUUUCUCAAUAUGGACAACAUAGCCUUAUGUGCUAUAUAUUUAUGUGCCACAAUUGUUUGCACAUUGUAUUAGUUUUAGUUACCGUUUAGUAGUAAUCUUGAAACAACAGUAUUACCCCCUCAUCCGACAUUAUCCUAACGAAUCGCAGGUGAAAAUAUUAUUAAAUUCAGUGUAUUCACAUAGUUUAACAGUUAAAAUAAGAAAAUCCAUUCAAUCAUUGAUUCCCGAUGACUCAAUUGAGUUAUUGCCGUUCUAUUUGUAUACCCUGCCUUUAUAUCAAAUAUUUGUUUGCCAAUGUAUCUGUUGUAUUCUAUAAAUAUUUGUGAAUUAAUGUAGAGAGUGAUCGGAUCACCUAGUUGCCAAAUUGAUAGUUCGCCAAUAUUCAAAUAGUACGUACGUAUUUGCUCAAGUAUUGUUUAUUGUAAGUUAAAUGUAAUUUUUUGUAAACUUUUUGAAUUUUGUGAUGUGUUAAACAGUGUUGAAGAGUCCAUCUAACCCGAUUCCUGUCGGCUUUCUUUUCGUAAUUUAUGUAAAAUCUUAUCAUCAUUAUAAUGAUUUGUAGACCGCAUAUUAGUACCUAUAUUAUGUUUUCGGUUUCUAUUUCGGAACAUUCAACCGUCGCCACUAGUGUUUAAUUCGAACAGUGGAAUUUAAUUUUUAUGACUGGCUUGAAAUUAGUCCCGAAUUGCGUUAUGGUUUUUGUACACAUACUAGGAUAACAGAACGCAAGAACAGAUGAAGUGAGUUGAAUUGAAUAACUUCAGGUGGACCAUCAAUCGACUGCGCAUCGGAUAUACGAGUAGUUAUUUUCUUCAAAAACAUAUUUUAACAGGGUAUUUAUUUUUUAAUUUGUUUUUACUGUGAACUAGCAUGUGUUAGGUUUUUUUGUGAUUUAUAAUUGCUGUAUAGCCCGUAGGUUUAUAUGUAUUAAAUGCGUACAUUUCAACGUGAAAAUUCACUAUAAAAAACUAAAUAAGCCAGGAUAAACACAUUUUUGCCAUUUAUUAUUUCUACUACUAUCAAAAACGCCUUUUAUAAAGAAAAGAAUAUAGUUUCUUUUCAUCAAAAUGAUAUCUAAUUUGAUCCUAACUUAAUUCAAUUUAUCUUUACAUUUCAAAAGACUUCAAUAGCGAAAUAGCGAAAUUGAUCCAUCUAUUAUAUAUUAAAUGAUAUAUUUCUUUGAAAAAACCGAAAUCGAUUGCCAUUAAGAGAACUUUGGUAUCUGGAUUAAAGUCUCUAAUUAUUGAGGGCGCGAAACUUUGGCUAUUUAUGUCAAAGUGCUUUAUUCGUGUUGUCCCGCUAAGGAAUUCAUCUUGCUUUUGGACCCUGAAAUGUUAAUUAGGCAAUUAAGUUUUUUUUUAAGAUUAGCUUCAUUAACUUGAGGUUGGCCAUUGUAUAAGUUUUUCAGGUUUGUUUUAAUCGCAAUGUUUCUCAAUUUAGAAUUCUUACAAAAAUCCUACGUUUGUCGAUCAUAGAACUAAAGAAUUGGUCCAAAAUUAGUUUUCUAAUAAUCAAAAGGUGAAGUCCAAAUAGAAGACAUGAGACCUAUAACACGCAACACAUAUUCUGCAAUAUCGACUUGUUACUUGUAGAAAGAAAGAAAGAAAAAGAAUAUAUUGCUAGAAACACAAGGUACAUACAUAAAUAAACAAACUAAAUAGACAAAAAGUACUUAAAAAUAUGCAUGUUACAAAAAUGGUUCCAACUCAGCAAUAUAUUGGUAGGGAAGCCAGCGCUGGUCUUCCGUUGGGCCGUUUGUUUGUUGAUGUCGUGGAGGACAAAAAACUCUUACUACUACUACUUACUACAUACCCUUGGGUUUUUAUUAAACUGAUUUCGACUUGUCUGGAAUUUUCAUUCUUAAUUUUAGUGGACAAGUUUUAUGUCGCUACAUAGUGUAUAAAUUAAUUAUGUCGUUGUCAAGUAGGAGAAGAUUUUAUUAUGAGUCCUUUGUUACCUGAAUUAAAUAAAUAAAA